AUGGAUACAAGAACAUCACUAUCAGAAACGGAAGAAGGUGAGAUUGUAGAUGAUUCUGGAACACAUGAAAGUGAAGAAGAUGACAGAAACAAACGUAAUGUUGAAGAAGUGACCAAUGGUAUGGCCGCUUUGACCGGCCCUGGUCAAUCUUCACCACAAAGUCAAGCCACCGAUGAGUCUUUACAGGAACGUAGGUUAAGUGCUGGAAGUCGUGAUCGUGACUCUACAAUUGAAACAAAUGGGAGGGAGAAAGGAGACCUCCGUGAAAGAGAUCGUAGGCAUAAAGAGGAUCGUCGACAGCGACACUCUAGCAGACAUUCUCAUAGCCACCGUCGACACCAUGCUCGAGAGCGUGAUCGCAACCACCAUGGUCAUCAUCAACGUCACGAGUCAGAAAGAAAAAACGGUGCAGAAGAAGGUGAAAAACAUCGUAAGGAUGGUUUAGGUAACAACUUAAACUCGACCGAUCAUAUGGUCGUUGAUGACGACGAAAAUCGUAGCGAUUUCUCCUCCAAUCGUAUUGAACCUUCACCUGCAUCUUCCUGUAAACCUAAACGUAGUAGAGAAGAUUUUUCCUCUGACGAUGAAAGUCACCACUCAUCUCGCCGCCAUUCUUCUCGUCAUCGAUCUUCUUCUCACCACAGUGAACGACGUCUCAGUAUAAGUCGGCGAAGCAAGGAACCUCGCAACCGGUAUGAAAAUGAACGAGAUUAUCGAUAUAAUCAAAGAGAUUCUGUAAGAGGAUACGAUAAAGAAAGGGGUUAUAGUAGGGAAAGAGAUGGAGGAUAUGUUAAGGAAAGAAAUUACAGAGAAUCUUCUAGACGAUACGGUGAAGAACGAGCGAACGGAUCAAGCUCUAGAAGAUUCAUAGAAUAUGAAAUUAAAAGCUCAGUUUCCGGAGAGAUAUUAAACAGAGACGGUCAAUACUCUUCACAACCUUCAAAAAAUCACGAAUCAAAGAACGAGCAAUCUCUUAAUGAUACCAUAGAAAUUAAUUUGGAAACUCAGGAGGAUGAAGAAAGAUUAAUAGAAGAAAGACGUAAACGACGUAAUGCAAUUUUAGAAAAGUAUAAAAAUAAAAGUAAUGAAACCCUCACAAUGAAUGUUGAUAAUAGUAUAACUUCAGAAACAACAAUAGAACCUAAAUUAUACGCACAUGAAUCUCAAUUGGCAGAUACUCCAAUAUUCUUAUUGCCUGCUACGCCAACAACUCCUACUUCUUUUUCCUUGACUAAAAUCGAAGCUUUAACAGAGGACUUUGUUUCUGGAGAAGAUCAACAAGGGUUUUCUGCCGCAGAUUAUGAUCCAACUAAAGACAGAAUUGCAGACGAUGAACGACAGCUUCAUCAUAAAUCAGCUAAAGAUUUGGAAUUAUUGAAAAAUAAAGAUGCUCAAGAAACUGUCAUACGAAAUGACGAUGUUGAUAUGUUUUCAGCAGAUUAUAAAGAAACGUUGAAUGAACGUAACGGAAACCAUCAUAAUCACAUUACUAAGACCAAUUAUGAAUUUGACAUGUUUGCUGACGAUGAUAUGUUUGACCAUUCAUCAGAAUCCAAGAAACCCAUACAAACAAUACCUGUUGUUAAAACUGUUCCUGUUGUAGUUCAUGAACAUGCUGCCGGUCUUGUAGACAACUAUGAUGAUGCUGAAGGAUAUUAUCGAGUACUAUUAGGCGAAAUUCUUGAUAAUCGAUAUCAUGUUUAUAGUAAUCUUGGCAAAGGCGUAUUUAGUUCUGUUGUGAAAGCUAAAGAUACUAAGGAAGGAAACGACGUUGCCAUCAAAAUUAUUCGCAAUAAUGAAACAAUGUAUCGAGCCGGUAUGAAAGAAUUAAAUAUUCUUAAAAAACUCAUAGCAGCUGAUCCCGAGAAUAAAAAACAUGUAAUUAGAUUAUUUAGACAUUUUGAACACAAACGUCAUUUGUGUUUAGUAUUUGAAUCAUUGAGUAUGAAUUUGAGAGAAGUUCUUAAAAAAUUUGGUAAGGAUGUUGGAAUCAAUAUUAAAGCAGUUCGUAUCUAUGCCCAGCAGCUCUUUUUAUCAUUAUCUCUUUUGAAAAAAUGCAAUAUAUUACAUGCUGAUAUCAAACCGGAUAAUAUUUUGGUAAGUGAAUCCAAAAAUACACUAAAAAUGUGCGACCUUGGUUCGGCUUCUGACGCGUCCGAAAAUGAUAUUACACCGUAUCUUGUUAGUAGAAGUAAUAAUCAAAUGUUAAAACUCAUGAUGGAGCUUAAGGGCAAGUUUUCGAAUAAGAUGCUUCGUAAAGGACAAUUUGUAGAUCAACACUUCGAUGAAGACUUAAAUUUUUUGUGUCAUGAGACAGAUAAAAUAAGCAAUAAGGAGGUUAUAAAAACUAUUGUGAUAACUAAACCAACUCGUGAUUUGAAAACACGUCUUUUAUCUAAGACUUCGAAUAUGACUGAUGAUGAAAUACGACUUUUGAAUGCAUUUGUUGAUCUUUUAGAUAAAUGUUUAAAUCUGAAUCCCGAGAAACGGAUAACGGUUAGGGAAGCCCUAUUACAUCCAUUCGUGACCGGCAAAAUCCAAUCUUAG